AUGGGAGGCAAGAUAGACUGCUACAUCGACAUCUCCUCCUUCUACAGCUACCUGGCCUUCUUCUACCUCGUCAGCAACCUGGAGACGCUCAGGGGGCAUGGCGUAGAGGUCGAGUUCCACCCUGUGUUCGCGGGAGUGGUGCAAUCCAACGCAGACAACACGCCGCCCUGGGCCGUGAGCAAGCAGAAGCGCGACUACCUCGCCGACUACGAGACGGGCCGCGCCAAGGCCGCGUUUGGCAAGCCGGAGAUUGUCCUGCCGGAGGACCUGAGGGAGCUUCUGGAGCUCGGGUGGACGCAAAAGGCCUGCCGCGCCCUCCUCUACAUCAAGGACCACCACCCGCGCCACGCCUACCACACAACCUGGCACUACCUCUUCCACUCCUUCUGGACGGCGACGCCCCGUCGAAACCUCCGCGACGAGGCCGUGCUGGCCGAGGUGCUCGCGCAGGUGCCCGCCGACUUUGCCGGAGCGAGCACCAUUACCACCAUCGGACAACAUUGUCGUGACGAUGCCCCCUCAUCGUCAUCGUCGCCCUCCUCCUCCGUCUCAUCGACUUCCAUCACCACGGCGGCAGAUGCGGCGACAACACUCUUCACACCCGACGACGUAGCAGCCAUCAUGGCCAACCAGCGCAGCGACACGUACAAGACCAUGCUCAAGCACGCCUCCCAGGCCGUCAACGCGGCCGGCGCGUUCGGCGUGCCCUGGAUGAUCGUCCGGAACGACAAAAACGAAAACAAGGCGGCGCGCAGCGAGCCGUUCUUUGGGAGCGACAGGUUCCAUCAGAUCUUCCAAUUCCUCGACCUUCCCGUGCGCAGCUUCGAACUGCUCCCGUCGAGGGACGGGCCUCGCGGCGGCAAAGACGGCGCAAAACUCUAG